AUGUCAAUGGCAAAAGAAGAUUUAGCAAAAGAUAAUGAAAAACGUUCAUGUGAAUUAGCUACUGAUUUUACUCAUUUACAAUUACAACCAAAACAUAAAAUCAUGACAUUAAAAUUUGCACUUAAUCAAGCAUUACACGGAAAGUAUUGUGUACGUGGAAAGAAUCCAAUUGAUGAACAUCCAUUAAAUUAUGAUGAAUACAAUCCAUUUAAUAUUUGUGCAGCAUCCAAUGUACCACAUUUAUCGUCAAAUGAUCGUUUUUAUGAAUUUUCAAUCGAUGAAGUAUUAGUUGGAAAAUUAAAUAUUUCAUCUCAAAUUAUUUUUAUUCGUUUACUUAUGCAUCGUUGUAAAUGGCUUCGACGAUCCACUAUCAUUUAUGAAAUCUCUGAUCUAUCAAAUAAUGCAAAUUAUUCAAUUCGACAUGUAGAAACAGAUCUAUUACAAGAUAAUGAUCUUGAUGCAAGUAUUUAUUUAUUAAAUAAUGAUCAAAUAUGUGAUUUUUGUAAAACAAAAUAA